AUGCCUCGUGGUCGGCCGUCUUUGAAAGGGUCAAGCACCCCUGUCCAGAAACCAUCUGAAGCUGAAAGCGACUCUGUCACUGCAAACGGCCGUCUUACCCGUGCAAGAUCCACAAGGAGUCUUGCAGCUUCCUCUCUAGUCGAUGAACUUUCUUUGGACACCACAGAGUCUGUAUCGUCGGCUCUCACGCCAUUUGGACAAACUUCAGAAAGUGGCUACUCUACGCCGGGAACCAGUAAACUCCCGAGCCCUGCUGAAGCAGCCACUUCAUCAAAGUCAGCUCAAUUUCUUGAAGUGCGCAUUCCUGCCAAGAGCAGAUUGCAAGAAACUGACGGAGAUGAGCGAGCCUUACGACAUAGCAUCUAUUCACUAAGCUCAAAAUCAAAGGGGAAAAGAGUCACCGAGAUUGAGGAUUCGGAUGAAGAAGAUGACGAUGUUUAUUCCGGCAAUAGUCGCGAUGCCCAAGUGGCUCGUCGAAUGCAGAACGAGGAAUACCGCCGAACAAGCCUAAGAUCUCGCCGCUCUAUGGUCAGUGAUAUUCAAUCUCCUGCCUCGGCUGAGGCAUCAGUGAAACGAACAAGAUCUCUGUCAGGCCCAUCUUCAGCGCCAAAGCGACCAGCCAAAAAGAGCAAGAUCAUACCUGAUUCAGACGAUACACCAGAAUCUGGUGUAGAUAUAGACGCCGAAAUUGCUGCUGCCGCUGCGUUGGACGACCAGCUAGCCAAUGAGAUAUCUUCAUAUGACGAAGAUGCUGAAGAAAUGAGCGAAGAUGAAAUUGCAGCAUCUAGUGAUGAAGAGCCCUUAACGAGACGAAGACAAAGGGCACAACCUAAGAAAUUGCCUGCUAGGCGCGUGGCGACUAUUCGGGGAUCCGCCCAGGUGGCUAAUACUGCUCCAGUAUCCGAGGCUGUGAGGAAUUCAACAACAAUCGAUCUAGAAUCCGGACUGUUAGCACUUGCUUCAGACGUUUCAUCUGGACUUCCAUCUGACCUUUCAUCUAGCCCAUCAUCUGGUCUUAGCACUCCCACUAUUAGUGAUAGUGAAAGCGUUGAUUCCGCCGUAGCUGUGCCCGAGGCUGGUGCACUUCGGAGAAUUGCUGCUCAGAGACGUGCAUUUAGGCGGUCUAGAAACAAAAGCCGCACUGCCAAGGAGCGAGAUCGUCUCGAAAAACACCACCCUGAGCUAGUCACUAUGUGGACGGAUUUGGAAAACAUGCCAGCAAUAAAUGCUGGCAAGAUAGACCAACCGACGACUAUAUCACGGCAGCUAAAGCCUUUUCAGCUCGAGGGUGUGGCUUGGAUGAAGGAAAUGGAGAAAACAGAAUGGAAAGGUGGCCUUCUGGGCGAUGAAAUGGGACUGGGCAAGACGAUCCAAGCCGUCUCUCUCAUCAUGUCUGACUAUCCAGCGAAACAGCCCACCCUAGUCCUUGUCCCUCCUGUCGCACUCAUGCAGUGGCAGUCGGAAAUCAAAUCUUACACAGACGGAACUCUAAAGACCUUUGUGUUUCAUGGAACCAACCAAAAGGCCAAAAAUAUUACAGUCAAGGAGCUCAAAAAGUUUGAUGUCAUUAUGAUGUCCUACAACAGUCUUGAAUCAAUAUAUCGGAAGCAAGAAAAGGGCUUCAAGCGAAAAGAUGGCAUUUACAAAGAAAAGAGUGUCAUUCAUAGCAUUACUUUCCACCGAGCCAUCCUUGAUGAAGCGCAUUGCAUCAAAACACGAACCACAAUGACUGCUAAAGCAUGCUUCGCGUUGAAGACCGAGUAUCGUUGGUGCUUAACUGGCACACCCUUGCAAAACCGAAUCGGAGAACUCUUCUCUUUGGUGAGAUUUCUCAAUAUCAAACCUUUUGCGUUAUAUCUCUGCAAACAAUGCCCAUGUUCGAGGCUUGAGUGGUCUAUGGAUGACAACAGCCGUUGUUCCGACUGCGGACAUGCUGGCAUGCAACACGUCUCUGUCUUCAACCAGGAACUUCUCAAUCCUAUUCAGAAAUUUGGUAAUUUGGGUCCUGGCAGAGAGGCGUUCAGGAAAUUGCGAUUGAUGACAGGCCGCAUCAUGCUGCGACGUCUCAAGAAGGACCACACCAAUUCCAUGGAACUUCCUGUGAAGGAAGUGUAUGUUGACCGCCAAUUUUUUGGAGAAGAGGAGAACGACUUUGCCAAUAGUAUCAUGACCAACGGACAGCGCAGGUUUGAUACUUAUGUUGCGCAAGGUGUUCUUCUGAAUAAUUAUGCUAAUAUCUUUGGUCUCAUCAUGCAAAUGAGACAGGUGGCAGACCACCCUGACUUGAUAUUGAAGAAGAAUGCUGAUGGAGGCCAAAAUGUUUUGGUUUGCUGCAUCUGUGACGAGCCAGCGGAAGACACUAUUCGAAGUCGGUGCAAGCAUGACUUUUGCAGAACCUGCGUGUCUGCCUAUAUCAAGUCGACCGACGAGCCUGAUUGCCCUCGAUGUCACAUUGGGUUGGUCAUUGAUCUCGAACAGCCUGAAAUUGAGCAAGACGAAGCCAUGGUGAAGAAGUCCUCGAUUAUCAAUCGUAUCAAGAUGGAAAACUGGACUUCUUCUUCCAAAAUCGAGUUGCUCGUUCAUGAACUUCACAAGCUGCGCUCUGACAAUGCGACGCACAAGUCCAUCAUCUUUUCCCAAUUCACCACAAUGCUACAGCUUAUCGAGUGGCGACUUCGACGAGCUGGAAUCACCACUGUCAUGCUGGACGGCAGUAUGACCCCUGCUCAGCGCCAAGCAUCGAUUGAGCACUUUAUGAACAAUAUUGACGUUGAAUGCUUUCUUGUGUCACUCAAGGCUGGUGGUGUUGCACUCAACCUCACCGAGGCAUCGCGAGUGUUUAUUGUAGAUCCUUGGUGGAACCCGGCAGCUGAAUGGCAGUCUGCUGAUCGUUGCCAUCGCAUUGGACAAACUCGACCCUGCACCAUCACGCGUCUAUGUAUUGAGGAUUCUGUCGAAAGUCGAAUGGUUCUUAUCCAGGAAAAGAAGACGAGCAUGAUCCACUCUACUGUCAAUGCAGAUGAUAAAGCGAUGGAUACUUUGAGCCCUGAAGAUAUGCAGUUUCUUUUCCGAGGCUCCUAA